CCUGCGGCGCGUGCGCACAAUCCUCGCCUCUAGUCAGGUGCAGCGUCUGUCUAGUUGUGCGCACGCGUUACUGGAUGCAGCCUGCGGUAAAGGGCUGCCCAGUGGCCACUCCACGUCUGUGAGGUAGCCACAGAGGUGCCUGAUUAGGAGCGGCGACGUUUCCACGCGUGAGGGGCGCAGCCAACUCACUCACAGCACCGGGAGGGACCCCUGCGCUGGGACAAAGCCGGCGGGACCGGCCAGAGGCCGCAGAGCCUCUAGAACCGGGAUGACUGAUUUUCUUUUCCGCUCAGGGGCUGGUUUGGGCAGCCCCGCCGGAAAUAGGGCGGGAUUCUGGCUGGGGCAGGCACCGGAAACAGGAAGUAAGAGAUGAAAACGGGGGAGGGGAAAGCAGGGAGAGAGAGGAGAGGAGAGAGCACGGCCAUGUCUGAUGUGGGCUCAGCAUCGCCAUGUGGAGCCGUUCCAUUGGCCCCACGGGAGCGCUCCCCGGUCCGUACCCCGCCGCCCGGCCCCGCCUGCGCGGAGGAGGAGGAGGAUGAACCCAAAGCCUCGGUGGCCUCGUCGCUCUAUGGUCUGGGCUCCAACCAGUGCUUCCACUGCUUCAUCACCUUCCCGGAUGAGAAGUUCAAGGAGCGGCACAUGAAGCGGGAGCACCCUGAGGACUUCGUGCAGGAAAACCUGCGUGGCACCGUCUUCGUCUGCUUCAUCUGCGGCCGGGCCUUCGACAGCUCCCGUGCCCUCAUCGGGCACCAGCGCGGCCACGCGCCCCCCCCGGCUCCCUGCCCUUCCUGCCACCGCCUGGCCCACCAGUGCCCUGACUGCGGGCGCCGCUUGGGCCCCGCGCUGCGCCCACGCCUAGGCCCCACUACCGCCACCCCUACCCCCCGCGGCCUCCCCCACCCCUGCCCCGACUGUGGCAAGAGCUUCCGGCAGCUCUCGAACCUCCGGCGCCACCAGGCCUCACACCAGCGCCCGCUGGAGCUGCUGCCUACCCGAGCCUACGCCUGCACAGAGUGUGGCCAGAGCUUCGCCCACGAGGCUGGCCUUCAUGAACACUACAUCCGCCAUGCACGUGGCGAGCUCUAGCCCCCACCCCUGCUGGCCGGAAAGAGAAGGGGGGGUCCUCUCUGUACAGCUGCUGUCCUCAGGGAGGGGGGACAGGAAGGGAGAAAGUAGGGGGGUUUCCCUUAGGAGUGGGGGCUGGGACUUUGCAGAUGUCUGUUGGGGCACAUGGGAGACAUGGGGGAGACCUCCCCGUUCCCUGGCCCCCUCCAUGUCUGAGCCUUGGGUGCUAUUUAUAUGGCCAGACCCCUCCCCAGUUCUGGGGUUUCAGAUGGUCUCAGAGCAACACGUGUCAGGGGCAGGUAGGGGAGCAUAUCCCCCCACAGGGGAGGGUCCCUGGGAAGUUGGGGGGGUUGACAACCUGCAGCCCCCGCAGCUUUGGCAGGAGUGAAAGGUUCUUAUUUUUCAUAUGGAGAAAAAGAAUAAAGAUGAUCCGUGGC